AUGUAUGCGGGCUUGCUAGUCUGCCACUACACAAGGUAUCAACCAGCGAAGUGUAGUGCCAAGCUGCUACAGAAAGCUGAGCAAGACUUUCUCAUCACUCAUCAGGAUCUUGAGAGCACGCAGCUCAAGUUGCUGGACUGCAAACGUAAGUUAUCUGUCAAAGAUCGCGAGGUCCGCAUGUGGAUCGAGAGAUACGAACAAGUCAUGAUGGAUCUCCACGCUUCGCAAUUCCGCCUUACGCAAUUGGCACGAGACGCAAGCUCCAAGGAAGCAGCACUAACGCGAGGGCUCGCAAUAGACAUCGACAAUCCCGCGAAUGGACUUGCAAGUCUCCGUCCUCGUCCAGUGCCUUUGAUGAAGCCUGUUGGGCUACAUGAUCGCGCUGUUCGGAGAUAUCGACGAGAUCAAAUUUGGAAUCGAGCGCACGCCAGCACAGCCAGCAUUUCAAAUAUGCAGCCAGCCUCUUGCUUGAAACCUGUACACUCGGCUGGCUCACUUCCUCAUGCCCAUGCUACAGCAAUACCGCCACUCGAUCCGACGCCUAUCGUAAGCCGCGAUUGUUUCCACUGUACAGCGACGACGACGCCUGCCAAGGCAAAGAAUCGGUGA